AGGGACUUCUGAGCAAAGGAGUGUCAUUAGACUCUGAACCUCCUGGAACCAUGAGGGCGAUAGUGUUGGCUGCGGUUUACAUCCCGCUCAUCAUGGCUGUAGAACGAAUCCCCUUGAUUCGAUUCAAAUCUAUCAGGAAACAGCUGAAGGAAAAGGGAGAAUUAGAGGAAUUUUGGAGGAAUCACCACCCUGAUGUUUUUGCCCGGAGGUAUCUGCAUUGUUUCCCUGCAGAUAUUGCUUUAUCAGUAGGAGCUGCUUCAGAAAGACUGUAUGAUUACAUGCAUGCGCAGUACUACGGGGUCGUGAGCGUGGGGACGCCGCCCCAGAGCUUCACCGUCGUGUUUGACACCGGCUCCUCCAACUUCUGGGUCCCGUCCGCUUACUGCAUCAGCGAGGCCUGCAGGGUGCACCAGAAGUUUAAGUCCUUCAAGUCAGAUUCAUAUGAGCAUGGAGGGGAAGCCUUCUCCCUGCAGUACGGCUCAGGACAGCUUCUGGGCAUUGCUGGCAAAGACACACUGCAGAUAAGUAACAUCUCCAUCAAGGGACAGGACUUCGGCGAGUCAGUAUUUGAGCCAGGAACAACUUUUGUCCUUGCCCACUUUGAUGGUGUACUGGGCUUAGGCUACCCCUCCUUAGCGGUAGGCAAUGCUCUGCCUGUGUUUGACAGCAUCAUGAACCAGCACCUGGUAGAGGAGCCAGUCUUCUCUUUCUAUCUGAAAAGAGGAGAGGACACUGAAAUUGGUGGUGAGUUGAUUCUGGGGGGAAUAGACCAUUCUCUCUACAAAGGUUCAAUCCACUGGGUCCCAGUCACUGAGAAAAGCUACUGGCAAAUACACAUGAACAAUAUAAAGAUCCAGGGCCAGGUGACAUUUUGCUCCCACGGUUGUGAAGCCAUCGUUGACUCAGGCACUUCUCUUAUCACCGGCCCCUCUUCACAAAUCAGACGAUUGCAGGCAUAUAUUGGGGCAAGUCCAUCAAAUACUGGAGAGUUUCUUGUAGACUGCAGAAGACUGUCGAGCUUGCCUCACAUAAGCUUCACGAUCGGGCACCGUGAAUACAAGCUGGCAGCAGAGCAGUACAUCAUAAAGGAGUCUAUUGAUGACCAAACCUUCUGCAUGAGUGGCUUUCAGUCUCUCGACAUCCCCACUCGCACUGGCUCACUCUGGAUUUUAGGAGAUGUCUUCAUGUCUGCAUUUUACUGUAUUUUUGACCGUGGGAAUGACAGAGUGGGAUUUGCAAAAGCUGUUCACAGAAAGGAUUACUACUGAGCCAUAAUAGCAUUUAUUCUGUCCCAGGUUAAUGUAAUGGUCUUCAACACAUGUGUGAAGAAGAGCUUUUACUGCAACUCUGGACAUAAAUGCACAUUUUGUUGUUCCUCUCCAAGUUUUAAGGACUUUGCAGUGAUCUUUGUCCCAGAUGAUAUCAUGUGGUUAAUUAUCUAUAUGUUUACAGUGGAGAAACAAUUUUUCCUGAGUAACUCAUGGACACUACAGCUCUCAUUAUAAAGCAGCAGAGCAUCUCAGCAUUCAGAUUUGCAAAAGAUCAGGAAGAAUAAAAAUACUGAAUUGUGCCAGGCUGAAAAUACAGCAGAUAUGUGUGGGGAAAAUGAAUCCUAAUCCUGCCUGGUCUGACUAUCCUUUUUUCCUUCUUGUGUGCGAGUUUCUACCUAAUUUCCAACAGCUUUCCUUUCCAUCAUUAUCUUCCAUGUUUUGGGCUUUGUUCAACUUUGUUUCCUGAGUGCCGUGGAAAUUCUCUUUAAAUUAGCUUGCUCCAAACAGCUUAUAUAAAAGAGAAUUUGACUAAUGCCUGUGUAGCCACUAAUUUCAACUCCUUGCACAGUUUCCUGCUCCUUACACCACCUAUCAAACCUGCUUUUCCCCCAGUAUUCAUUAUACCUUGCUAAUUCUCCUUUUUUUGUUCUUGGCAUUUGAUGUCUGUGCCUUAGGUCAGAUGCUGCUUUUAGUGCCUGACUCCUCUCCCCCUCGGCAGUGUGAGCAGCUGGAGCAGCAUCUACUCACAUUAGAAAUGCAGAAUGCGCCCAGAGUGCAAAGGGAUACCAGUGUUCCUCCAUCUCAGAUGAGUUAUGGGACCCAUGCACCAGCACUACACAUCUACUGCCCCUCGCUCAGCCCCUUCUUGUCAGCUGUGGCACGAGUUUCAGAUGAAACAGUCACAGGUAGCUGUGCUGAUCUGGCAAAAGAUUCACCUAAAUUCUACCCAUUGGAUUAUUUGUUUGGAUUGCUAAAGCUGAUACUGCCCCCAUACACAUGCAUAAAACUCAACCAAACAAAAUCUGCUUUAUCUCAGUGCUGUUUCAGUUACAUUUUAUGUUUCUUUACAGUGGUUCCAGUGCUGGGAGGAAGGGGAGUUGAGGGUGGAGCAACAAUUGGAAAUUCAGGUUUCUCUCUGUCCUGCAGGAAAAAAAAUGUAAUUUGUUGGCAUGUUAGGGCUGCUUGUAUCUUCCUAAAGCCUGCAAAUGUCUGAAGUCCCAGUCAUGUGUGCUGGGGACCUCCUCAGCAGGGCAGAGCCAUGGGGAGAUGAAGACUGGCCCCAUGGUGGCACCACUGGAGCAGAGGCUGGUGGCCCCUAGGCACUUGCUGCUGCUGUCUGUCUGGAUGUGCCUGACACUGACCAAAGGCAGUGUCCAUUGCUGGCCUUGGUGGUAUCACAAUCACAGCCCCUUAUAUUUUAAUAAGUAUUACAAAACCAGGAUGGUUUUCCUGUAGGUAUCUCUAAAUACUGAUCUUGUCUUCCAAUAUGAAAUAAUCUUUCUCCCUCAUGCCUGUUUUCAUGACUCUCUAUUUGUAGCCACAUUGUGUUGCACAUUUGGCAUCCAGGAUAUCAACCUCUAGCAAAAGAGACUCUGCUGCUAGCUGUCUCUUUCUGCAGAUGAGACUGAGCUGUGUGAAGUUACUGUGUAUUUCAGGCAAAUCUUGCCUUGAUUCCUCUUUUUCCAUGUCACCCUCAAAGAAUGGAUUAACCAUGAGCUAACUUAUUUGUUUAGAAAAUGUCAUUUGUUUGGCCAUGAGUCAAGAGAAACAAACAUCUAUAAAUCUCCAUCCCUCAUUUAACAGCAGGAGGGUAUUUUCGCUUUCUCUGCUAUGAAGUAUACCUAACACUCUGGUAUAUCUUCAUUAUAUGUACACUAUAUUUAUGUUCCUCAAAUAUGAGUUUGCAGUCAGAGAUCUGUUAUUUACAAUAGUUAAGGGUGUUAGGACAUGUCCCCACAGCCAGUCGGCCCCAGCACUGACCUCUUGGCUCUGAAUUUCAGUGCAGAGUGUGAACACAUCCUAGAAACAGGUGGGAAGUCAGGCAGCAUGCACAGGGACUAGCCUUCUCUUUGUUCUGAUGUAUCUGAUCUUGCUCAAGAUUAACACCAUCUGAUGGGAGCAAACUGCUGCUCUGACCUAGUUGUCUAUCCUGGCCUUGUUCUGUCCUUGUCCAACUUUGCUAACUUCUGUAAGUGCCUUGCUGUUCCUGGUAGACAUCAAGUUGAUUUGCAUGAUAGGUCAAACCCUUGCCAGAAGUGCUUCUGGAGAGUUUAGUAAAACCAGGACAAUGGUGUUUCUCAAA